AUGAGCGAAGACGGCGUCGGAGAUGGUGGCGGGACGAUUGAAGACUCCUCGGAAGUGAUCGGUCCAUCGCUGCAGAACUUGCGUCUUCUCAGUGAGAAGGGUAAUUCCGACGGCGCUGAGAAUCCAAGCGGUUUUCUUGACUGUGGGACCGUAGGCAACUUUGGUCGCGACGAAGGAGUUCUUCCAUUCGUUGCGGUCCGCGUAAUCUAGAAUCUCCUCGGCUUUGCGAGCUGCCCAGACCUCCUACAUCUCCCGCAGCCGCUGUUGCACAGGGCGGCGACUACGAUAGAAUGCUGCUUUGUUGUCGGCGGAUGGGCGGUUGACGCAGUCAUUGUGAGGACUGUUCUCCUCGGCGAAUAGGUUGUUGAUGGCGGUGCCGUUGUCACUGAACCCGUCCUGGUAUUGGCGGCAUGCGCGGCCUAGGACAGCCAGGGCGGUUAACCGGACCGUGUCUCUUAAUUGACACCGAAAGUUCUUCACGGAGGCGUCCUCGACGGCGACGGUAGUUGGAAAGUUGGAUGGUCGUUGAGCCAGCUUGUUGAUGAAAUGGAGAUAGCGAACAGGCAAAGACAGCAAAACAAUAUUCACCUUAACUGGAGGUCGCUUAUUUCGAGGUCUCCUGGGUGGCUGUAGGCGGAUCCUCAUCUUGGAAAUGAUGAGGCGGUGGUCAGUCUACCCGUCGGCACUCGGGAUCGCCUUUGUCACCGGCACUUCCUGCUGGUCUCGCUUCCGGACGAGGACAUGGUCCAGCAGGUGCCAGUGUCGCGACCGAGGAUGCAUCACGGUGGCAGGCAGAAGAAGUUGAUCGUCAGGAUGAGUCGGUGUUCUGCACAGGUUUGUAGGAACAGCAGGUCAUUGUCAAUGGGGCCGCCGAGACCGCGGAGACUCAGAACUCCUCUCCAGACACAUUGGUCUGUACCAACGCAGGCGUUGAAGUCAUCAAGGACAAUCAACUUAUCCGCCCUUGGCACAGUCGACAGGAGGGCGUGCAGUUCCCCGUAAAAUUCGUUCCUUAUCGCGUCAGUUAUGGUCUUCGAGGGAAGCGUAGACGCUGAUGAAGAUAAUGGCGAAUUGGCCUCGCCGGAGAGGCUGGCGGAGACCCAUCAGGUGAUCGUUAAUGCCAUGCGGCAGACAGGGCAGUCGUCCCACGGUGUCGUUUCGGAUGGCAAAUGCGACUCCCGCGUCCCGUCGCUCUGCCUUGGGGUGACCGCUUCAGAAGAAGAUGUAGCCGGCACCCACAUCCUCCAGAUGGCCUUGUUCAGGGAAACGGGUCUCAUUGAAUGUAGCGAUGUCCACCAUGUAGUGUGCCAGUUCGCGAUCGACUAG